GCUGGUGUAGUGGUAUCAUGCAAGAUUCCCAUUCUUGCGACCCGGGUUCGAUUCCCGGGCGGCGCAUGUGAUUUGUUUUCCCUUUUUCCGAUCUCUGGAACCAGCUCCAGCUCACCGCAGCCAUGAAGAGCAGAGCAGACUUGUGGGAAGUAGGAAGCACCGAUUCCGGUGCAAAGAGAGACAGGCUCUCUGAAAACACUGGCGCGCAGUGGUGACGCGGUUCCUAACCAAGAGGCGUCCAUAAACCAGCAGCAUAGGCCGCCGGGGCCCACCCUUUAAGGUGUAUCACGCGUCCUCGUGUCAGUUGUCCAACUCCUGGCAGAGCGGUGGCGAUGCUGGUGGCGGCGGCCGCGGAGCGAAACAAGGAGCCCAUCCUGCGCGUGCUGCAGCAGUACGUGGACCCCGCGCAACGCGGCGUCCGCGUGCUCGAGGUGGCCUCUGGUUCCGGCCAGCACGCCGUGCACUUCGCUCGGGCCUUCCCGCACGCGGAGUGGCAGCCAUCCGACGUGGACCAACGCUGCCUGGAUAGGGGCUUUUCAGAGCUGCUGGACAUCUGCUCAAACCCAAGGCUCUGCUCAUCACCUAUGGGGAACCCAGAGUGGGGACUGAGGGACACAGCCCUUCUUGAGGACCUGGGUCAGGCCAGUGGCCUGCUCCUGGAGAAGAUGGUGGACAUGCCAGCCAACAACAAGUGCCUGAUUUUCCGGAAAGAAUAACUCCUCCCCUUCAUCCUGCGUGCAUGUGCCCAAGUCUGGGCACAAACCAGAACUCCAUCCCUAUCUCUCUGGACCAGGUUUCUGGAAUGACCAGCCCCACCAGUAUGGGCUCGUGGAACCUGGGCCCAGACUGCCUUGGAAUAAAGCACUUUCUGCUGCCCA